UAUCUCUAUCUGUGUGUGUGUGUGUGUCAUCUCAAAAAGUAGUCGGAGGAGCAAAGACUAGAAGAUGGGGAAGAAAACGAAGAAGCCCGGGAAAGGCAAAGAGAAGACAGAAAGGAAAACAGCGAAAGCAGAGGAGAAGAGAGCUCGGAGGGAGAGCAAAAAAGUCUCUCAAGAAGAUGACAUUGAUGCCAUCCUGAUGAGCAUACAGAAAGAGGAAGCCAAAAAGAAGGAAGUCCACGUCGAGGAAAACGUACCGGCACCAUCCCCUCGAUCAAACUGUUCAAUGAACAUUAAUCCCUUGAAAGAUACGGAACUAAUUCUUUAUGGGGGUGAAUUCUACAAUGGUAACAAGACAUUUGUUUAUGGUGAUCUUUACCGUUAUGAUGUGGAGAAGCAGGAGUGGAAGUUGGUAUCAAGCCCUAACAGUCCACCGCCUCGUAGUGCACAUCAGGCGGUUGCUUGGAAGAAUUAUCUUUACAUCUUUGGUGGUGAGUUUACAUCUCCAAAUCAAGAGCGGUUCCAUCAUUACAAGGACUUUUGGAUGUUAGACCUGAAAACAAAUCAAUGGGAACAGCUUAAUUAUAAAGGGUGUCCAAGUCCACGUUCUGGUCAUCGUAUGGUACUAUACAAGCAUAAGAUAAUUGUUUUUGGUGGCUUCUAUGAUACUCUUAGAGAAGUGAGGUAUUUUAAUGAUCUCAAUGUAUUUGAUCUGGAUCAGUUCAAGUGGCAAGAAAUAAAACCCACGCCUGGCUGCAUGUGGCCAAGUGCUAGGAGUGGUUUCCAGUUUUUUGUCUACCAAGAUGAGAUAUUUUUGUAUGGUGGCUAUUCCAAAGAAGUUUCAUCAGAUAAAAACAGCUCUGAGAAAGGAAUUGUUCAUUCGGAUAUGUGGUCCCUUGAUCCAAGAACUUGGGAAUGGAACAAGGUGAAGAAAAGUGGGAUGCCUCCUGGAUCUCGUGCUGGAUUUUCUAUGUGCGUACACAAGAAGCGUGCUUUGCUCUUCGGGGGUGUAGUAGAUAUGGAAAUGAAAGGUGAUGUGUUGAUGAGUUUAUUCUUGAAUGAGCUUUAUGGCUUCCAGUUAGACACCCGUCGAUGGUACCCGCUGGAGUUAAGAAAGGAGAAGUCAACUAAAGAUAAGACAAAAAAGAGGUCAGAACAAGAUUGUAAUGGUUGCUCUGUUGACAAUAAGAAUAAUCUGGCUGAUCUAGAAGAUCGAGGAGCAAAUGAAAGGCAUGAAGACUCGGAUAACUAUGAAGAAGCACUCAAUGCAGAAAGUGGCAAUAACGAAAUAUCUCAUCAUAUGACGAGGAAUCUUACUAUUGAUGAUAAAAUGCCUCGGGAAAAUAUUGUUAGUUCCGAUCAGCAAACGUGCACUGCAUCUGAGGUGGUGAAGCCUUGUGGACGUAUCAAUUCUUGCGUGGCUGUAGGGAAAGAUACAUUAUACAUUUAUGGAGGCAUGAUGGAGGUCAGAGAUCGAGAAGUUUCACUUGAUGAUCUGUACACUCUUAAUCUCACCAAACUUGAUGAGUGGAAGUGCAUCAUACCGGCUUCUGAAUCUGAAUGGUUAGAAGCUUCAGAGGAUGAAGAUGAAGAUGAGGAUGAGGAUGAGGAUGAUGAUACAGAAGAUGAACAAAGCAAUAGUGGAAGCGACAGUGAUGAGAUAGAUGAUGACAAUGACAACAAUCUGGAGUCUAUGAAAGAUGGUGCAAAAUCACUUGAUGUGGGAGAUGCUGUUGCCAUAUUGAAGGGUGAGGGCAAGAAUCUCCGUAGGAAGGAGAAACGAGCAAGGAUAGAACAGAUCAGAGCCAAUCUUGGCCUUUCAGACUCACAGAGGACUCCAGUGCCUGGAGAAUCUUUGAAGGAUUUUUUUAGACGGACGAAUUUGUACUGGCAAAUGGCUGCACAUGAACACACUCAACAUACUGGAAAGGAGCUCCGCAAAGAUGGGUUUGAUCUUGCAGAAGCUCGAUACAAGGAGCUCAAACCUAUCCUUGAUGAGUUGGCCAUACUAGAAGCAGACCAGAAAGCUGAAGAGGAAGAAGCAGCAGAGACUAGUUCCAGAAAGAGAGGUAACAAGAAAAAUAGGAAUUAAGCCUUGAAGGUAGCUGUCAUCUCAAGGCUUGGUUACCUGGAUCAGUUUGCUCUAGUUCGACAUGAGUGUUGCAUCAUCUACUCAUAGUAUGGUGCAAUUUGGCGGUAUCCAAUUUUACACCGUUAAAUUUGCAUACGUGUGUACUUGUCAAGGCGGAGUGUUGAACAGCUGAUGAACCUGGUAGGACCUAAGGUAAUUAAGUGGGUUGCUGUCCUGUACGUAAUGAGUCUGCAUUUAACAGGAGAGCACUCAUCCAAGCACACUAGCAAUUUGAUAAUGCUGAUAUUUUAUGGGAGAAGGUAGAAUAAUCUGUGUGCAAUUCAUAUGUUAUUCUUAAUGUCUAAAUGACAAUGACCAGUUGCAUCUCUUGGUCCUGUUUUUUUUCAUUGACACUUUCAGAUCACAAUGGACUCUUAAUUUAUGUUUUGUGAUUUUUUUU